AUGAAGGACUCCUCCUCCAUCUCGGAAGAGAACAACGCGACCAACAUCCUCCCAAUACCACCAGCACUCGAAUUUCCAUUUCCCCAGAACCGCACCGAAUCAUCCCAGGCCCCAUCUAAGGCGCCCUCAAUAUUAGCCCCACAUCAUGCUUCAGUCCGCAGCAGGAACCCGCUCGUCGACAAUGGGGCACCAACGCCAACGAAGGCACCAGGGCCACCAAGUCUUGGGAGAGCACCCGAGGCGCCUCGGCCACAGGCGAAGAGGAGGUUCAAGUCGGAACGGCCUGUACCAUCACAGAGAACAUCGACGUUCUUGAGGCCGCGAAGGGGUUACACUGGACACGUGCCUACGCUUCUCAACACCGCAGCUGGUGGCCAUACCUCGGACGAUGAAUCGUCUUCUUCAGACGACGAGUCAGAGAUGAAGCUGGCCUCCAGACCGUCGAAUCGCAGCGGUCGAUCGCCUAGCACUAGGGGACGUGCUGGAAGUGUGCCUGAAGCAGACGAGAACGGCAGACGAAGAUCAGGUGGAGGGCAAUUUGGAAAGUUCUCUGUGGGCAAUGAAAACUACAAGACAAAGGGGAAGGUAUCGAAAAGGGACGGACGCCUGAACAUUAGUGUCAACGAGACCAACAAUCAUGGUUAUUUGGCGCAUGCUCUCGGUGCAACCCUGCAACAUCAUUUUAAGCGCCCUGACGAUGACGACGAACUAGAACUGGAGCGGACUCUGUCGCCAUUACAUGAGGAGGAUAACAUCAGACGACCAGAUCUGGUAGCGAGGCUGUCCGCUCUUUCUGCGCGACCAUCAUUGGACGAAGAAACCUCAAGGCCACCUCUGAACAUUGUGAUCAUGGUGAUUGGAAGCAGAGGAGACAUACAACCAUUUCUGAAGCUUGGGAAGCUGUUGAAAGAAGAUCAUGGACAUCGUGUGCGAAUAGCCACUCAUCCAGCCUUCAAGAAGUUCGUCGAACAAGAUUCGGACUUGGAAUUCUUUUCUGUUGGAGGCGAUCCAGCAGAGCUCAUGGCGUUUAUGGUCAAGAACCCUGGCUUGAUGCCCUCCGUAUCUACGGUAAGGGCAGGCGAGGUUGGCCGAAGGCGAGACGCAAUGUUUGAGAUGUUCCAAGGAUUUUGGAGAGCAUGUAUCAACGCGACAGAUGAUGAGACCCUUCCAGCCAAUCUCAAAAUGAUGGGUGGCAAGCAUCCGUUCGUUGCCGAUGCCAUCAUCGCCAAUCCACCAUCCUUCGCACAUGUUCAUUGCGCAGAACGGCUUGGAGUUCCUCUCCAUCUAAUGUUCACAUUUCCGUACAGUCCUACUCAACAAUUCCCGCAUCCUUUAGCGAAUAUCAAGAAGAGUAAUGUUGAUACCAAUUAUACCAAUUUCAUGUCAUAUCCGCUGGUCGAGAUGAUGACGUGGCAAGGACUAGGAGAUCUAGUCAAUCGCUUUCGAGUGAAGACCCUCGGGCUCGAGCCAGUCUCGACUCUAUGGGCGCCCGGACAGCUGUUCCGACUGGAAGUACCCUACACGUACAUGUGGUCACCCGGGCUGAUCCCAAAGCCAACGGAUUGGGGCCCAGAAAUUGACAUUGCUGGCUUCGUCUUCCUCGAUCUUGCAUCGUCCUUCAAGCCGCCGGAAACACUGGCCAAAUUCUUGGAUACCGGCGAACCUCCUGUCUACAUCGGCUUUGGCAGCAUCGUCGUGGAUGAUCCCGACAAAUUUACUUCACUUAUAUUCGAGGCAGUCGAAAAAGCCGGUGUCCGUGCGCUUGUGAGCAAAGGAUGGGGUGGUCUCGGUGACGAGGGCCACACACCAGACAAUAUUUAUAUGCUCGAGAACACACCGCAUGACUGGCUCUUCCCUCGUGUCAGCGCAGUGGUACAUCAUGGAGGAGCUGGGACAACAGCCGUUGGCCUAAAGUGUGGCAAGCCUACCAUGAUCGUACCGUUUUUCGGGGAUCAACCAUUCUGGGGUGCGAUGGUUGCAAAAGCGGGUGCGGGUGCUCACCAGGCCACACCCUAUAAGAAGCUUUCGGCCGAUGCACUUGCGGAAGGAAUUCAGCAGUGUCUAACACCAGAAGCAAAAAAGGCUGCAGAGAAGAUUGCGAAGUCGAUUGCGGCGGAGGGAGACGGUGCCAAGAACGCUGUCGAAUCGUUCCACCGUCACCUUCCUAUGCGAGGCGAUCACUCAAUGCGUUGCUCUAUUCUCCCUGACCGUGUCGCGGUCUGGACACUGAAGAGCUCAAAUUUGAGGCUGUCGGCCCUUGCAGCACAAGUCCUGAUUGAGAAAAAGAAAAUUCAAUGGAAGGACCUCAGGCUGUGCCGACACUACGAAUGGAAUGACUUUGAAGGGCCUGGUGAACCCCUCACCGGAGCCGGUGCAGCUCUUGCAAAUUCGGCCGGCGGCAUUGCUAAAGGCCUGGGUGGGAUGCCUGUCAGGUGGGCAAAAAGCAUACGGAAAAAGGAAAAGAGGGAGCAGAGACAAAAAGAGCGGAGGGGGUCUCAAGCUCAGCGAAGGGAUGGUGGGAUGAAGUCUUAUUCACAAUCAAACGGGCAUGCCGACAAGAAGAAGGGGCCGGAAGAUGAGGAAGGCGGAACUGAUGGUGACCUGCCCCAUGGAGGAAAACUGGUUGCCGAGAGCCAUCUUCCGGAGCCACAUACUCUUCUGGACCGAGUGCAUGACGACGUUGAGAAGCAUGGUAAACAGCAAGAUGGCGAGCUGGCCAAGGCAACAAUGAACAACGCUCCCGUCUCUGACGACUAUGUGACCUCUGACAUUGGAUCGGAAGGAUCCGACGAGCAUCCGGGUCAAGACUUGGUCCAAGCUCUUGCAGAAGACACCGGACACGGAUUUGCCAAAACUGGUGAGGCACUAGCGAAAGCCCCGAUGGAUCUCUCACUCGCUAUCGCGCAAGGUUUUCACAAUGCUCCACGUCUCUAUGGCGAUACCACCGUCCGCACUCCCCCACGUAUAUCAGGUUUCCACUCCGGCCUCCGCGCUGCCGGCUCUGAAUUCACUUUUGGUGUCUAUGACGGUGUCACUGGUCUGGUCUUACAGCCAUAUCAUGGGGCUCGCAAAAACGGUGCGCUUGGCUUCGUCCAAGGUGUAGGCAAAGGUAUCGGUGGUUUCGUGCUCAAAGACUUGGCUGCCAUUAUCGGACCUUUCGGAUACACGCUCAAGGGGGUACAUAAGGAGCUCAUCAAGGGUCGGCAGCCGACUGCGUUCAUUCGUAAGGCUCGUAUGAUCCAAGGAGGCAAAGAUGCUCAGGCUCUCGACGGUGAGGCCAAGCAACGAGAAUUGACCAAGAUCGAUGCUGCGUGGCGGAUUGUGUCUGAGAUUCGAAAGGAAGAUGAAGCGCAGAAGGAGGAGGGUCUCAAGGGACGGGUAGCCUUGUUGAAAGAGAAGAGAAAGAUGGGCAAGAAUGACACUUACGAGACUGUGGGUCACGCAAAGAAGGUUCUGGAGACAAAACAAGAGGAACGCAGAGAAAGAAAAAGCGUGGCCAUAGCGAGGAGUAGUGGGGAAGAGAGAAGAGGGAGCAAGAUACUCAAGAAGAAAGGAAGUCUAUUCAUGUCUGGGACAACGAAGCGCGGGACUUCGAAGAACAGAGAAUCGAUAGACGGGAAGCGGAAAGGUGCAGAUCGGGAAAUCAAGAGAGAGGUGCUUGACUUGAGCAAUGAGAAGGUCUCCGUGGACAGCAGCGUGGGGACAGGAGAGCGAAAUGGCACAGUGAACGUGGCCGCUUAG